AUGUCUGGCCGGUAUGAGCGGAGACCGUCGGGCCAAUUCGCCGCCGCCGAAAUCAUCGGCGGCAACAACGAUCUGGUGGUUGAGAUCUUCCAGUGUCUGCCGGCGAAAUCUUUGAUUCGAUUCAAGUCGGUCUCUAAAACAUGGCACUCUCUCAUCUCCGAUCGCCGCUUCUCUCUGCUCUGGCAACAGCGCCGACGAAGUCCCAAAAUCUCCGGCCUUUUCUUCAGCUGUAGAUUUGCAACUCAAAUAAAAUAUAUUCCAACCGUGGACAUCCACUCCAAAAACAAGUCUCUAGCCCUAUUUCCCGAUUUCUCUAGUGUUGGCAAUACUUGGCAAACUACCAUCAUAGACUCCUGUAAUGGUUUUCUACUCUGUUCUUCAGCAAACAACUUGUGUAGCAGAAAAAGUUACCACGUUUACAAUCCUACUACCAAACAAUUUUCUACUCUUCCAUGGCCUUUUCCCUACUACACUAAUCCUUCUGACCCUCUAUAUUUGGCUUUUAAUCCUUUGAAAUCACAUCACUACAAAGUUGUCUUGCUUUACACACUAGUUAAUGUUAAUGUUGGAUGCUGGUAUCACAUAUAUAUUUAUUCGUCAGAAACCAAUGGGUGGUGGAGUCCCUUGGCAUGCGCUGAUGUUUUUUGGGGACUAGGACUAGGACUGGACUUGACGGCAAAUGGAGUCUAUUGUAAUGGUUCCAUCCAUUGGAUUUCCAAACCUGGGACUAAUUAUUCGUUGUACUUUGAUGUUGAUAAUCAAAGAUUGUGCCCAAUGCCAUCUCCACCAUUUCCGACUGUGCCCGAUGGCCAAUGCCAUUUCCGGCAAUUAUCCGAGUGUAGAGGUCAUUUGCAUCUUACUGAGUACGGUGAUUAUGAUAUCAGAUUUAUUAUCGACGUCUCUGAGCUGGAAAGUGAUUAUUCCCAAUGGUCAUUGAAAUAUCGGGUUCCCAUGUUUGAUUUUGUACCGCAUGAGAUGAUUGUCCGUUAUGCGGGGUCUGUGCUUGCUUUAAUUCACGGGGAAGAUGAAGGAGAUUUGUCUCUGGUGUUAUUUGUAGACACCAAUAUUAUCAUUUCCUACAACAUUAAGAAUAACACCUUUAAGGAGCUUCAUGGUGUAUCACAACAUCCUGAUUCUUGUUCGUUUAACUUUUCGUGGUUGAAAUCCUAUCCUGUCCAUCGCUACAUUGAGACCCUCUUUCAUGAUAUGAUUGUGCCCGACGAGGUUUCUGUGCUUCGUUUGAUUCAUGGAAAAGAUGAAGGAGAUGUGUUUAUGGUGCUACUUGUAGGCACCAGUAUGAUCAUUUCUUACAACGUCAAGCACGACACCUUUAAGAAGCUUCAUAAUGUAGCCCACCACGAUGAGCUUUUGUGGUUUAAAAAUUGUGAUGUCCAUUCAUACAUUGAGACACUCUUUCCUAUUUGA